UAUGGUCUGUAGCUCGAGAUAUACCGAUCGAAAGCUUCGGUGGUCGGAAAAAUUCCAGAAUUUUGCAGAAUCCGGCAAGGCUCGAUUUCGACGUCAAAACUUCAAUUUAAGGCUUCGAUUCCUUCUGAAGAGUUGUUAAGAAACUCAAUAAGAACUCACUGGUUCAAGAAUCACUCAAAACGACGUCCUGUAGCUCAAGAUAUUUGGAUCGAUAGUUCCGGUCUCGUUCUUGGCUGGGUUGACUUGUAGUUGCUGCUACGGGAUGCGCCGCCAUGCAAGGCUGCUUCUGGGGGCUUCAGGAGGUUGAGGGAAGCACGAGGAUGCAGUUUGGCAAGGAUCGGUGGCCGGAAGCACGAGUUAUCGAGCUUGGAACUAAAACGGGCUUAAAACUAACCGGACUUCCGCCGCCGUUUCGGACCGUUCUGCGGCGUAAGGCUGCCUCCUGCAGCUGCGCAAGAUCAAGGUGAAGCUGUGGAACGUGGUCUGGGGUCGAUCGAAGGCCUGUGGAGCGAGAACAAGCUUGGAGAAGGAAUGCUCUGUUUUGGUUGCUAGUUUCGGCAGAGAGAGAGAGGUUUAUUUUUUUUUCUUUCUUUUCUGCGUGCUGCCUACCCCUUCCACCCAUUCUAAUUCAAUAUACAAAAGAAGCAAAGCAAAGCAAUGCAGCCAUCCCUUUGUUGCUCAAAACACGGAACAUGCCGCACCAUUUCUAUUAAAAGAAAUCUCCACUUAAAAAAAAGGGGUUAUUACAAUCUACCCCCCUUAAAGAAAUUUCGUCCCGAAAUUUAAGCGCAAGUUAAUUGCUCUCGAUUACGGUUAACCUAACCAUCGAAUCUCCAUCUUUCCCAAAACUGUAGUAAUCUACAAAGCCACAGCCCUUUGUAUAAAAAUACAUUCCUAUGGCCACUAAAUCCUUUCAUCACAAACGUAAACUCACAUAACAUCCUCACAUGGAUCCUCACAUAGAUCUUCACAUAGAUCAUCUCAUAGAUCAUCACCCUGUACUGGCAUACAAGCACAGUAACAUUCCCACAAAGUGUUUCGCCACUUAAUUAGCAUCACUCAAAACAAUUCAUUCCAAAAAGCACGCCAAUAAAUUAUGUCACCCAGUGAUGAUGACUUGGGCUUACUCAAUCCUUGGGCUAAGCACUAGGGCUGGCCAUUUGGGCCGAAGAAACCGAACCAUCCAAAUUUCGAACCGGCCCGAACCAAUUUGGGUUUAACAUUUGGGCCUACCAUUCGGGCCGAACAAUUGGGCUUAACAUUUGGGCUUACCAAUCGGGCCGAACAAUUGGGCUUACUAUUUGGGCUUACUAUUUGGGCCUACCAAUCGGCCCACCAACUUCCAGCUCGGCUACGGUAUGAAAUUGUACAUACCGUAUAUAUGUAUGCAUACCGUACAGACCGUAUAUACGUAUGCAUACCGUAUAACUGUAUAUACGUAUGCAUACCGUACAGACCGUAUAUACGUAUGCAUACCGUACAACUGUAUAUACGUAUGCAUACCGUACAGACCGUAUAUACGUAUGUAUACCGUACAUACCGUAUAUACGUCCGUAUAUCAAGCAUAUACGAGAUCAAAAAAUAUUUGUAAGAGGUAAGGUUCGAACUCCCGACCUCGAACACGAAGGUUUUGCUCCCAACCACUGAAGCAAGAGCUGCCUUCAUUAAUAUAUGCUCACGUGUUAUAUUUAUUAUGUCAUAAGCGACAUAAAUAAAAUAACGGGAGAGGCAAGGUUCGAAACCUUAACCUGCUGCACGAAACCUUUGUCCCCAACCACUGGAGCACAAGCUGUGCUUAAUAUAAUGUGUACAAAUUUUAUACUUAUUAUGUCAUAAACGAACAUAAUAAAAAUAAACGAGAGGCGAGGUUCGAACCUCAGACCUCUUGUACACGUACUUUACACUCAACCACUCGAGCACGGCUGCUCACGUUAUUAUCCAUACCAAUCCUUUUAUUUAAACCAACUGUUUCAACUGUUUCAACAAUUCGGCCCAAAACAUCCAAAACUGUUUCAGAAACUCGGCCCAUCAGGCCUCCACCCACAGCUACAGUGAUGCCUUGAUCCGAGACAGGCCCAAGUACGGCCCACUUGUGUCACGGCUUAUCCCUUCCGUGAUUUACGGCAGUCAAAUCUGCUUUCGGCUACAGCUGUCUGCCACAGCGCCUCGAGAUUCCCUCGGUCCCCUUACACGCUCUCCACGCGCCAACAACUUUUCCGGGUUUCAGGGCGACUUUAAUCCAACGCGUAGAAUGAAUCACAGGAAUCGUCCAUCCAACGGUGGAGAUCUGCUCACCUCGCUCUAUAAAUAGGUGCAUUCUGAGGGCGCAACUGUUCACUCCAAAGGAACGAAAAUCUCUCCUGAGUUCCAGCCCCUCUCUCCCAACUCUUCAGCUUUCCUCUUCUUUCAAAACUCAAAACAUUUCUUCUUCGAUUCAAUCCUUCUCUUCUGAUCUUCUCUCCCAUCUAGUUGAUUCAAUCCCAUCUUUCCUCUGAACUUUCAGAUCUCUAACCCACCAUCAUCAUCCUUAAUCCCUUUAACAACAACUCCUUCAAACACUCGACAACUUUACUCUUCGAUCUUCACAUCCCCUCAACCCAUCACCAUGGAACCACGAACUCUGCAACUGAUGGAGCUACAAACCCAGCAACAAAUCGAGGAUGGAGGAAACAACCAAGCAGCCGGGAGUAGUGCCAACACAGAUUUCUGGCGAAGCCGUGCCAGGUGGGUUCCUACUCCAGAUCAAAUAAGGAUCCUCAAGGAUCUUUACUACGACAAGGGAGUUAAGACCCCAACUACAGAGCAUAUUCACGAGAUCUGUCUCCAGCUGCAACAGUAUGGACAGGUUGAGGGCAAGAACAUUUAUUUUUGGUUCCAGAAUGUCAGGGCUCGAGAGAAGCAGAUGAAGAGGUGCAAUCAGGCUGCUCAAGUGCCCAUGGGAACUAGUUCUCCUGGUACUGGUGGAUCCAUUGAUCUCAAUUUUGGGUCCACUGGUUCUACUGGUGCUGGUGGAUCCAUCGACAUCAAUUUUGGGCCAGCUGGUGGAUCCAUUGACAUCAAUUUUGGGUCCACUAGUUCUACUGAUGAUGGUAGAUCCAUUAAUCUCAAUUUUGGUUCCACCGAUUCUACUGGAGGACAAACAUCCCUGCAACAACGAGGAGGAGAUCACCAGGAGGUUGAAACUCUUCCUCUGUUCCCCGUGCACGGCGAGGACGUCUUUGGUAACCCGAAGACUACUUCUGAGGAAGGUAGCGCAUUUGGUUACUAUUCUGGUGGCUCAGGCGGUUACAACAGUGGCUCUAACGUUUCUCUUGAGCUCAGCCUCAAUCCAUCCGGAGCUGCUGACUAGGCUUAGCAUAGCAUAGUCCUCGUUUUCCUUUUUGUAAUAUAAAAUCAAUAAGAUUGCAUGCAUGUCGUUUCUUCUUUUUGUUAAACCAACAACAACACCAAGGAUCAACCUUGGUCACCUAAUACUAUAUUCAAAACCAU